CGUGCAUAUUUUUGGGAACUCUUCUUCCACAAUGCCGUGGGAAUUUGGACUUGUACUGCUGUUCGUCCUUGCUCCACAAGCUGCUGGAAUUAAAGGGGGUGGCGUCACGCUAGACUCUGGGGCUGUUGGCUCCCUACGUUUGGCGGAGCUGCUGAAAAUGUCCACGCAAACAGAAGGGUCAGGAUUCGAAGUGGACAGACGUCGACCCAGGAGGUCUGUGUUUCUACACUCUGGAGUGAGAAUCUGCCCCCAAGAGAGCAUCAAUGAAGUGCUCGCCAGCCAUCAGGCGUAUUACCAGCUCAGAGUUUGUCAGGAGGCUGUGUGGGAGGCGUUCAGGAUCUUCUUCGACAGGAUCCCGGGGACGACGGAGUACCAGAAAUGGGUUCACACGUGUCAACACGAGUCGCUGUGCAUCUCCGACCUCGCCAAAAACUUCAGCAGCUCCGAGGAACACAUGAGCAUGAUUCACAGGAGGAUGAGCAGGAUGAGAGACAGGCGGCCUCCAUCACGAAGAGUAGUGACUCUGGCACCGACGCAGAGGAUCCCCGAGAAAGCAGGUGCAGAGGUUCAGACUAUCGCCCCAUCAGCAGCCACAAUGGUUACAGUGAGCACCACCACUGUCCUCCUCAGCCCUGUGAGUGCCUCUCCAAGCCCCGGCCUCGAGCAGACCCAGCCAGCCGAAGAGGUCGAAGAGGUACCAGCAAGCACUUACAUUUACAUUUUAGGAUGGGGUCUGUGCAGUUUAUUCUCUAGCCUCACCAACAGCUUUCUAACAGUGAGGAUAGUUUGCCUGCUGCAGGACUCAGAGCUUCCUAACGUGGUCCCUGAGAGUCCAGUGCAGCAGAUUGUGGAGUUCACUAUUGACCUGGUGGAUCCAGGUUACAGAGAGCUGCUGGACGAUCCAGACUCCCCUCAAUACAUCGACCUGGCUCACCACCUGCAGGACCAGAUGCAGCACGUUUUUGACAAACUUCCAGGAUUUAAAGCCAUCCAUGUGCUGGGAAUCAGCGAGACGCAGGACACUGACGGGCCCGGAGGAAUCUCAGUGCACUACUCUCUCGUCUUUGAGAUUAAUUCACCCAAAAUCACCUCUGAGAAUUCAGAAACGGAGACUGGCACCUCGGAGUCUUCAGUCAACUCUGGCCUCAGGGAAAUGAUGACCAAGGCUUUGCGUGAAGAGGCCUCACUGCCAAUCGAUCUGGACUCUCUUAACUUUGAACCAGAAGCAAUCCUCCUACCAGCACUGACCGCAACCUCCACAGUAGAAGUAGUGAAUGAGUCCAGUGAGCCCGAUUCACAUAACGAGUUAGAAGUUUUCACUGAUGAGCCAGAAGUUGAUAAACCUCGGCUAGUGGCUCCCCUCACACCCAUGGAGAAGGAAAAUGCCCUUGUGACCCUGCUAGAUCCCACAGCUGUCCCAGAUGAUGAGACGACGGCAGUGACUGGUGGGAUGGCGGAGAGCAGCGAUCAUUCCCUGGACUCAGGGGAUAUUACUGAUGAGUCAGAGGCAAUUUAUGUGAGUGAGCCCGAGCCGUCAAAUGAGGAAGAGGAGGUAGAAGAAUUGCCGAUCAUUACACACGAGAUUGAAACCAUUCAUCAUGAUGAAACUGGUGAACUUGUGAGAGACUACAUCCCAACCCCUUCUGUGAUGCUCGAGCUGGAUACAGAUGCUCCAUAUAUCAGUCUGUCUCCCAACCUAAUAUCAGAAGAAGACCUGACUCCCAUCGAUGAGGAAAGUGAGAAUCCUAGUUUAGAUGUUGUUAGUACCACCACACAGAUAUUACUAACUACAAUUCCUGCCGGAGAGGAAGUGUCUGAUGUGGGACUCCCAAUAACAACUCUUUUAGGUAUCACAGGCCAGCCGCCCACUGAGCCAAUAGUAAACCUUCAAGAAGAUGAAGAAAUUAAUGCUCUCCCAGAUGAGGAAGUGGCUGAAUUGGGUGUCCCCAAACCUUAUGACCCUGAUGAGGUCUUGGAAACAGUGGCUCAGGAUGUUGAGUUGGAAACUGAGGUUGAUUUGCAAGAACCAGAGAGAGAAUUAGUGGUGGAACAUGAUGAAGAAGACUUUGAGGCUCUGCAGCCAACACCUGAUCAAACUGAAAUUUAUGAAGCAGAGGAAGGGGAAUUAGAGGUUUUGGAGCCAGAGGAAGAAAUAGUUAAAGAGGAAGAUUUGGCUGAAGUUUCAGAGCCAGAGGAAGAGUUAGCUGGAGUCUCAGAGCCAGAGGAAGACGUAGCUGAAGAGGAAGAUGUAUCUGAAGUUUCAGAGCCAGAGGAAGACGUAGAUGAAGAGGAAGAUGUAGCUGAAGAUUUAGAGCCAGGGGAGGAGGUGGCUGAAGUUUCAGAGCCAAAAGAAGACAUAGCUGAAGAGGAAGAAGUAACUGAAGAAGAUGUAGCUGAAGUUUCAGAGCCAGAGGAAGAGGUAGCUGAAGAUGAAGAUUUAGCUGAAGUUUCAGAGCCAGAGGAAGAGGUAGCUGAAGAAGAAGAUGUAGCUGAAGUUUCAGAGUCAGAGGAAGAAGUAGCUGAAGAGGAAGAUGUAGCUGAAGUUUCAAAAACAGAGGAAGAGGAAGCUGAAGAUGUAGCUGAAGUUUCAGAGCCAGAGGAAGAGGUAGCUGAAGAAGAAGAUGUAGCUGAAGUUUCAGAGCCAGAAACAGUUGCUGAGGAGGAAUAUGUUACCAAAGUUUCAGAGCCAGAAGAAGUAUCUGAACAGGAAGACAUAGCUGAAGUUUCAGGGCCAGAGGAGGAGUCUGUGGAGGAAGAUCAAAAUGAGGUAGCAGCUUCAGAACCAGAAGAAAUAGAGGAGACAGAGCUCCCUGAAAUUUCAGAACCAGUUGAGGUUUCAGAGCCAGAAAAAUAUGAACCAGAGGCAGAAACAGACAGUGGUGCAUUUCAGAUUUUGAAUGAAGGAGUGGAAGUUUUGCAACCAAAUGAGGACAUAGUUGAGGUUACAGGAGAGGUAAAUGGGGAACCAGAAGAAGGUAUAAGUGAGGUGCCAUAUCCACUUCCAGAAUCUGCAAAAGAUGACGAGGUUUCAAAACAAGCUACAGAAGUAGAAGACGAUUCAAAACUUGCUGGGGAUGUAGAUGAGGUUUAUGAACAAGAAGAUGAGGUGGUUGAACCCACAGGACCAGAAGAAAUAGUAUUUGAAGUUUCCAAGGAAACAGUACCUGAAGUGUCUGAAUUGGAAGUAGAGUUAGUUAAGGAGGAAUCAGCUGAUGUUUUGAAACCUGUAGAAGGAGAAGAGGAGGUCGCUGAGGUUUUAGAACCAGAGGAUGAGGCUGUAGAAUCAGAAGAGGACGUGGUGGAGAUUUUUGAAGAAGAAGAAGUUAACCAAACUCCAGCGCCAGGUGAAGGUGUGUUUGACGCAUCAGCACCAGCAUCUGAACCAGAAUUAGCACCAAAACAGGAGGGGCAUGAAACUGAAGUGGCAGAACCAGGAGAUGAGGUAGUUGAGGCUGCAGACUCAAAUGAGCCUGUAAAGGAUUCAACUGAAGAAGUGGUAGAGGUUGUAGAGAUAGCUGCAGAACCAGCGGAAGAGUCAGAAGAAGUAGCAGAUGUAACACAACCAGAGGAGGAUGUAAUUGUAAAUGUAAAACCGGAGGAAGUGGUUCCACUACCAGAGAAAGAGCCCGUGGACAUUGCUGAACCACAACCUCCACCAGAGGCUGGAGAAGAGACAGCCGAUGUCUUUGAGCAAGAACAAGAGGAGGUAGUAGAGAAUCCAGCAUCAGAACCAGGAGAAGGCAUAGAUCAUGUUACACCAGGUACAGAAGAGUUACCUGGGCUUUCAGAGCCAGAAUCAAAAGAGGAAGUAGUAGUUGAUGUCCCAGAACCAGAAGAGGAAAGAGUUGAUGUCCCAGAACCAAAUCCAGAAGAGGGGAUAGUUGAGGAACUAGAACCAGAAGAAGAUGUUACUGAACCGCCAGCCGAAUCAAUUAAAAUCUUUUACCCCUUGGACGGCAGGGAAAAUCUUCACUUCAGAGAAGAUACUUCUCAGGUUGUUGAAGAUAACGAGUUUCUUCCACCAGUCAUACCGGACUAUCACCGGCCACAUGAGGAAGAUAACUUAGCCAUCAUACCAGCAGACAUCCAACCUUCUGAUGAAGAUGUAGGUGAACCUGAGCAUGAAUAUCCCAUUAUCGAGGAUGUUGAAAGCGUAGACACACAAGUGGACAGUGACACUGGGGCCGCCCCAUCUACAGAAAUGUCAAAUAGUGAUCCACAGUUUGAAACUGCUUUUGAUACUGCAGAGGUGACAGCUCCAGACAACCACGACACAUCAGAGGGCACCGAAGUCACAGAAGACUUGCCGCAGGAGACACAACAAAGUGAUUUAUUCCCAGAGAGAGACAUCAGUGUAACGGCAGCACCGGUUUCAGACUUCCUCCCUACACCUCCGGCAACUUCUAUUGAUGUGUCUGAAUUGUCCGCACCCAUUCCGACUAUAGACUCCGGACUCUUUGAGGUAGCAGAGGAAUCUGUAAUCCCCUUGGCUCCCGAGUCUUCAGAGGAUGAUGGCUCAGAGCCAGAGGCGGAAUCAGAGUCGUCUGUCAUCAUUAUCGAUGAAGACUUGGAAGGGGCAGUGCCUAAAGGAGGCGAAAGCCAAACCAGCCCACCUUCAGUGACAGAAGAUGCCAUUGAUGAGGUUGUAAGGGACCUGGCUGUGGAGCUGGAUCAAAUGGAUGUAGUAGCAAACGAGCUGCCAGAGGAGGGGAGUGGCUUCACACCUGUGGGUGAGCGACAUACCACCAUCAGUGUCACAGCCCCACCUCCAAUGAGAUACCUGACCACGCCCUACAUGACCACAGCCAGCCAAGGCAGGGAGCUGGUGGUGUUCUUCAGCCUGCGUGUCACCAACAUGAACUUCUCUGUGGACCUCUUCAACAAGACGUCUUCAGAGUACAGAACCCUGGAGAACGCCUUCUUAGACAUGCUCAUGCCGUACUUGCAGGCAAACCUGACAGGCUUCAAAAAACUGGAGAUUCUUAACUUCAGGAAGGGCAGCGUGGUUGUCAACAGCAAAAUGAAGUUUGCAAAGUCGGUGCCGUACAACAUCACCAGGGCCGUCCACUGCGUCCUGGAGGAGUUCUGCUCCGCCGCCUAUAAGAACCUGCACAUCCAGAUUGACACCCACUCUCUGGAUGUUGAACCAGCUGAUCAGGCGGACCCCUGCAAGUUCCAGGCCUGUGAUGAGUUCGCUCGCUGCGUGGUGAACAGCCGGACGAGGGAGGCUCAGUGUCUGUGUGAACCGGGCUUCCUGUCGGUGGAUGGUCUGCCCUGUCAGAGUCUGUGUGUUCUGCAGCCUGACUACUGCCAAGGAGGGGACUGUCACAUACUCCCUGGACACGGAGCUGUGUGCAGAUACAAAGACAGCUACUCUCUCCCAGGCCUGGCCAGUUAAGAAAAAAUAUCGGAUUGGACGUCACCUGAGAAUACUACAAAAGACUUGAUGAAACAGGACUUGGCAGUAGGACCUCCAGACUCAUUGCGGCCUCACAGUUAAAAAUCAAUGACAGUACAGAGCUGAAGAGCUUUCAUGACAAACUGUUCGCCUCCAAACUCUGCAGAGC